AUGGAAAACCACGACUAUAACGUCCAAGAAACUGUCGCUUUCCCUAUUGCUAGAGUUAAGCGUAUUAUUAAACAAGAUGAGGAUGUAAAAGCUUGUGCUGCUGACGCGACACUUCUCAUCGCUGCUGCCGCGGAACUGUUCGUGGAAUUCGUGGUUAAACAAAGCUUGCAAGAAGCACGUAACGACAAACGCAAAACGGUCUCCUUCCGAGAUAUAUCGAGCGCCAUAGAAUCAACCGACGAGCUCCAAUUCUUAGACGAUUUACAAAUGGAGGAGGACGAAACUUAUCUUGAUGCGGUCGAAAUAGACUCAGAUAAAGACGAAAUAAAUGAGGACGAAAUAAGUGCUGAUGAAAAUGAAAUAAACGCUGGUGAGGACGAAGACAACGAGGGCUUAGAUGUUACCACGUCUGAUGUAGACGAAGAUAUGAUUUUCGAAGAAUUAAACACCGAGAUGAACACAGAGCAAGUUGGCGAGUCUAAUGUGAAUGACCACUCUGCAGAGGACGAACGAUGA